AUGGACGCCGAGCAUCACUUUCUCUGCCCAAAGAAGCUGCAGAAGUUUCUGAAGCUGUGCAACAAGAAUAUGGUCACAAAGAUGGACAACGAGGUGGUUAAGAAUCUGCAGCUGCUGAUUGAGAAGUUUCUUUCGGACAUUAUCCACAGAUCUGCAUUACUGUGCAAGCACAAGGGAAAGAGCAUAAUAGAAAAGAGUGAGAUCCAGCUGAUAAUUGAGAAGGACUUUGACUACAGCUUUGGAGCAAGGGAGAUACAGGGGUCAAGCAAUGUGCCAAGCAAUGAGCAUACGGAGAAGAUGGCAGAGAUUAGCAGACAGAGUAAGUAA